UCUCUGUCCCAUCUCUAGAUCAACACCUACAACCCUGGAAUGACAGCGAUGGUAUCCGUGAAACCUGAAUGACGUGGUCAUGGGUUCUAUAUACAGGGAGUUCAUCCGACGCCACGACUUCAAUUCCAAAGACACAAACGUAUCGAGCAUGCUCAAGUGUCGCUAUUGCGAGCUCGACUUCCAGCUAGAGAGUCGCAACUACCCUCACGGCCCGGCAGUAAUCGUGUCCAGAUGGCUUGGUCUCGGGGACCGUUCCUACGAACGGCGCUGGAACUUGUGCACAACUGAGCACCAGAAGACGUUCAGGAAUUUGGGUGUUGUUUUUGAGUUUGGGCGGAUACGAAAGAUGUUCCUGGCUACGGAUGGGCCGUCGUCGGAGUUUAUUGCGAUGAAGUAUGAAAAGUAUCUCUUUAACAACCGUUUCACGGGGUGUAUGAGACAGUGGACGCCGCAUACUUGGAUAUUGAGGGAAGAGGUGUUGUGGUUGUGGGAGUGA